CCAACUGGCACGACACUCAAUGGAACCUACACUGGGGUGUACUCGACCUCAUUCGAGCAAGACGUCUUCCUAGGCAUCCCAUACUUGCAAGCCCCCGUCGAUGACCGACGCUUUCAUCCCGCCGAUAGUCUCACGAGCAGCUGGAAUGGCACGCGCAACGCGACGGCCUACGCUCCUUCCUGCGUAGGAUAUGCCUCUUCCGACCCCCCCGAGCAAAUGUCCGAGGACUGCUUGUACCUCAACAUCGUGCGACCCCACAAGAACACGAGCACGGCUACUGUGACCGACCUCCUCCCCGUGGUUAUCUACUUCCAUGGCGGGGGCUUCUCAGGCGGCAGCGCCCGCGACGGACGCUACAACCUCAGCUCCUUUGUCGCGCGGUCGGUCCAACAAGACCAGCCCGUCAUAGCCGUCAGUUUCAACUACCGACUGAGCGCCUGGGGAUUUCUUUACAGUAACCAGAUCCGCGACACAGGGGCAACCAACGUAGGUCUACGGGACCAGAGGUACGCUCUGCAGUGGGUGCAGGAGAACAUCGCCGGGCUCGGGGGCGAUCCACAGCGGGUGACCGUCUGGGGCCAGGGCGCGGGGGCCUCCAGCGUGGGUUUCCAGCUCACAGCGUACGCGGGGCGCGACGACGGCUUACUGCGCGGCGCUAUCUUGCAGAGCGGGAACCCUGUGCCCGCCCGCGGGCUCAACGGCACGCAGUACUUCCAGCCAUUGUACGACGCUCUCACCCAACAGGACACAUGCUGGGUCAGCCCGGAUCGCAUGGCCUGUUUGCGGACGGUGCCCUUUGCCGAGAUGAAUGCUGCCAUCAAUGCUACGAGCCCGCACGGUUGGUUCCCCGUUAUUGAUGGGGAUAUCGUCUCCGAGCAGCCGAGUCGCUCACUCUACACGCGCAAAUUCGUGCCCGUGCCGAUCAUCCUCGGGGCCGUGACAGACGAAGGGACCGCGCAGAUGCCUGCUGGAGUAGAGAUUGAGACGGACGAGGAUUUUGCGGACUUGGUUGCCAAUCCGCAAUCGUAUGGCGUCGCUCCCGGGAUCGCUUUGCCGCAAGUGCUGGUCGACCAGAUCACCACCGCCUACGCCAAUGUCUCGUCAGUGCCGGCUGUGAAAGCUCGACUGUAUCAGGGCGACGCGACGGUGAUUGCCAACCGACGUCAGGCGUGCGCCACUUGGUCUCGCAACAAUGUGACUACAUACUGCUAUCGAUGGAACGUUGCCCUGGGUGACGGCCAACGCACUGCACAGCACGGCGACGAGCUCCCAUUCGUCUUCGACAAUAAGCGCGGUACCGGUUACGCGAAGAUCCCACUGGACAAUGAGUCACUCGUGGAGCUGGCAGUCGAGGUGAGCGGAAGCUGGGUCAGCUUCGUCGCGACCUUAGACCCGAACGCCUGGAAGACGGCUAGCAAUAGCAGCAUGACUGUACCAGCGACAACCACCAAGGGGGGCAUGGGCAUCCCAACCUGGCCGCAAUACGGGGCUCCACAUCAGUACGCACUGGUCUUUCAGGCUAACGGGACGAGUUACGUCGAGGAGGAUACCUGGCGAGCAACCCCGAUUCGGCUAAUCAAC